CUGCUCUUUCGGGUUCCCCUCAAUCCACGGGUCGCUUAUGAGACCACGUCGCACGACUGCAACAGCAAAGCUCGGACCGACGCCGCCAUAGCCGACGGGACCACUGUCAAUUGGCCGUCCGUCAGCCCUCUCCAACCGUCGGAAACCAUGGGUCUAGAGGCCUUCAACAUCAGAGAGAAGACAAUUGAAAAGGAAUUUCUGAAAUUGAGGGUUGGGAGAAAAUUGGGGAUUGCGAUCGCCUCAUCCACUGGCUAUGUCUCUUUCUGCAUCGGCUCCUCAUCAGUCUCGACCUCAAGCAUCAUGGGAGGGGUGAGCGAGAAGUAUAGGAAGGUCUUUAAAGAGUACAUCGAACUCACCAGAGAAAAGGAUAACAUCAAAUCCCAUCUACAGGAGGCUGAUGGCAGACACGAGCGUCGUUUUGGUGAGUUGAGACAUGAUAUCGACAAGCUGAAGAACAACCACACCGCUGAAGUAGAUCCUCUGACCAAAAUGUUGUCUGAGGCUCAAAAGAAGCUUGAGCACGAGAGAGAGGAGGCCAAGAAGUAUUCUGAUAGAGUAGCCACAUCCUUUGAAGAGGGCAUAGAAGGCGGAUGCCAUCCAGUGGGUUCUGAAGACCAUGGAGCAAGGCAAACACUUGGAUUUAAGAAGGAUUGCCUAGAUUUGACCAAAGAUGAAGGCACCGAACCAGACCAAGAUGCUGAGGCGAUGCUCAAUGAACGAAUCGAUCCCCUAGUGCAGGUGAAGACGAUUACCUAG